AUGUCGGUGGUGCCGUUGAUGCCGUCAAUGUCGGUGGUGCCGGCGAUGUUGGUUGUGCCGGUGGUGCCAUCGACGUCGGUGGUGCCGGUGUUUGAGUGGUGGCCAGAGGUGGUGCCGGUGAUUGUGUGGUGGCUAGAGGUGGUGCCGGUUUUGGGGGUGAAGGAAGAGCCUUCCAUCACCACCAAGAUCAUGAAGCUAUUUGGGGUCAUCAUCUCAGAGGAAGAAGAUGCAGAAGAACCACCCUCCAAAAGACCAUCUCUCUCCUCAUCCUCCUCCUCUUCUAACCGCCGCCACAGGUACGAGUGUCCCUACUGCAUUCGCAAGUUCAAAAAUUCACAAGGUUUAGGCGGCCAUCAGAACGCUCACAAGAGAGAACGUCUGCACCUGAAGCGACCAGAAUUGCAACCCAACACAAACCCCGCCGUCGCCUCUUUCGCCCCUCUACUCCACAAAGAAGCUACUGAGUCGGAAAAUCAGGCGGUCUUUCAAUCCACAGCCACAGAGAGGCUGUUAUCUGUUGCUUCUUCGGUGGCAAGUGGUGUCAGACAACCAGCAGGAUCGUUAUCAUGCACUACUGAUGGGGUAGGGAUGUCAAGUGUAGUUGGACCUCAGUCCAAUAACCAUGUUAAUGAUGGUGUGACCAGCUUUGAUCACAUAGACUUGCAUCUGAGCCUUUAA